AUGAUCCAAACUGACGGACUGAGAAGCCAAUGGACACCUUCCCAGAUUGCCUGCCUUGUCUUUUUGCAGGUGGUUGCAAGUAGCAUCCAACUUGUUCGCAGAGAAUUCAAUGCCCAGCAGUUGACUCCAGCACAGCACACAUAUCCACCUUCAGGAAGCAGCCGAAUGUCAGAACCAGCAUCAGAACCAAGAUCACCAAGUCCUUGGGACGAGCUCUUCAGGUCUCCGCGCAGCUACUACGACAAUCGUACCACGAAGAGGAACCCAAAGGCACCUGACUUCGUGCACAAGGAAACGAAGGAGGGUCUGUGGCUGGACAGCUACCGCACGCCCCAGUGGGUCCAUCAGCAAAUCGAUGAUCUCUACCACGAGGAAAGAGACGAUGAGCUCGCUGCCAAUUUCUAG